UGAAUGAUUUUAAUUAUAGUAUGAUUAUUUGUUUAAGUAAAAAUAGAUGGAAGAAGAAUUAGAUUUGUCGUACUUGGACCGUGAAGAUAUAGACGACGAUGUGGUUGGUGUAAACUUUAAUAUAGUCGCAAUGCUACAUCAACAAUUACAACUAACAACCUCACUGGCUGCACUAACAAUGUUAUGCAUUGUUUAUCAUGCCUUGAAUAUAUUGAAUAUGUGCUCGAGUGAUCCAAGUAGUGUUAGCACUUUCCUUCCCGGCAAAGACCGUCGCAGGCAACAGUUAAUGUCGUACUUGGUGCAUACUAAUCGAUGUCGUGACAUCAUUCGGAUGGGUCCAGAGACAUUUAUUAAUCUUUGUGAGAGACUAAGAACAACUGGGUUAGUUAAAGAUGUCAUUCGCUCAACAGUGGAGGAACAAGUAGCUCAAUUUCUUUAUAUAAUUGGGCAUAAUGUUAAGAAUCGAAGUGUGGCAUUUUUCUUUCAUCGAUCUGGGGCGACGGUUAGCAAACACUUUCACAAUGUGUUGGAUGCUAUUUUAAGUCUAGAAUCAGAAUUUUUAACUCAGCCAUCAGGAGACGAGGUUCAUCCAUAUGUCUUAAACAACAAUCGGUUUUAUCCUUACUUUAAGGAUUGCUUAGGGGUCAUAGAUGGUACUCAUGUUCGUGUGAGGGUGCCAAAAACAUAUGCUCCGAGAUUUCGUGGAAGAAAAGAUUGGCCAACUCAAAAUGUGUUUGCCGCAUGUGACUUUGAUAUGAAAUUCACAUACGUUCUAGCGGGGUGGGAAGGAACAACAUCUGAUUCUAGAAUCUUAAAAAAUGCUCUCGAUCGAGAUGAUCCGUUGGUCAUCCCCCAAGGUAAAUGUCUUCAUUGGGAUGUUAUGAUUGGUUGUUUAUUAGUUAGUAAAUGCUGAUGUUAUGCAUUACUGCAGGAAAGUACUAUCUUGGCGAUGCUGGGUUUAUGCUUAAAAGUACAAUAUUGACACCAUACAGAGGCGUGAGAUAUCACCUUAAAGAAUUCACACGCACAGGACCACAAAAUGCACGCGAGCUCUUUAAUCAUAGACAUUCAUCAUUGAGAAAUGUUAUAGAAAGAACAUUUGGUGUGUUGAAGAAAAGGUUUCCUAUCAUUGCCAGUGGAAGUGAACCACAUUAUGGAUUGGAGACAAUGACAGACAUCAUUCUAGCUUGUUGUAUCCUACACAACUUUAUCCGUGGAGUUGAUAACAAUGACCCAUUGCUUAAUGAGGUUCAUAAUAAGUUAAAUGAAGGGGAAGAGCAUAAUGUGACAUCUUCUCAAGUUCGAGAAGAUGAUUAUAGGGUCGGUACAACUAUUAGGGAUGCCAUAGCUGAUGAAAUGUGGCGAGAUUAUGAAAAUUAAUAGUAUUGUAUUUGAUAUCAUUUUAUUAUGAUUGUGUUUUUUUGAAUAUGACAUGUACUUGUUUUUAUGAUUAACUCUACUUCACUUGUAUAAAUUUUCUUUAUCAAAUAGGUUAAAUAUGGACAGGGGUAAGGGACAAAUGAUCGAGUCAUCUGCUGGUACAAGAGAGUUCAUUAAAUGGACUGAGGACAUGGAUGCUAGGCUUUUGCAUUCUAUGAUCGAGGAGAGUCGUUUGGGUAAUAGGGUUGAUGGUAGUUGGACAACCCAAGCGUAUAAUAACAUGGUUAAAUACCUUCAUAGUUGUGGUUAUGUUAAUGUUAGUAAAAAUAAUGUAAAAAAUCGUCAAAAGGUAUUGAAAGACAGAUGGCGUGAGGUUCAUGACCUCUUUGGUGGAUUGAGUGGAUUUGCAUGGAACGCCGUUACUAUGAGAUUUGAAGCUGAGGACGAAGUGUGGGCUGAUCUCAUCCAGUCAAGGCCAACUGCAACCAAGUGGAGGGUUAAUAGCAUCAGACACUACGAUUUAAUGGUCGAUUUAUGGGCUGCGGAUCGAGCAACUGGGAGUGGUGUUCGGACCGCUUGUCAAGCGCGUCGUCAGCGAGUUGGGCCUCGUGUACAGGUUGAUUUGAAUCAGAAUAUGGACUACAUUCCUGAAGAGCCUAACUAUCACGACUAUAGAGACCCAACUCCACCAUCACCUCCUCCAUCCGUGGAUGAGUACAGUCCAGGGCAGACUCAAUCUGUGUCAUCCGUUCCAUCUGGAGGAACUUCAUCCUCACGAGGUUCCAAAAGGAAGGCACCUAUGGUCGAUGCGAUAGAUGCACAAUUUGAUAAGUUGAAAACCAACCUCGAUGGUUUCACAAAUGUCCUCAGCUCAACAAAUGUUCACUUUGGUGUAAUUUCUGAUGCUGCUAUGCGUCAAGUAUCAGCAAUGGAAGACAGAAAUCAAAUACUCCGUCGCUCCUCCACGUACACAUACACAGAGAGCGACAUUUAUGAAAUGUUGAGUGCUAUGAAUAUUUCCGAUGAAACCUUGCUUGAUCAAUGUUAUGAUUUCUUAUGUUCAAACCCAACUUGUACAAAGAGGUUAAUGGGACUUCCACCACACAAGAGGUGGAACAAGUUAUGUAAAAUGAUAGCGGGUGGUCAAUGUUAGAAUGUUAUGACUCCUGUGGUUUGUAGUUGUAUAAAGAUUAAACCAUUCCAUGUU